AUGAACAAGAGUUGGAUGACAGAGAAUAGAUGGUCGGAAGAGUAUGUUAGAGGGGUUAAUGAGUUUUUGGAGUUCGCAUUUAACAACAGGGCUAUUAAUGGUACGAUUCGUUGCCCAUGUACGAGGUGUGCCAAUGGCACCUCGUGGGUACAGGGUAUGGUAUAUGCACAUUUGAUAAAUUAUGGGAUUUGUCAGGGUUACACUUGUUGGUAUGCUCAUGGGGAACAACUUGGAGCUACUUCUAGUCAGGCUACUAACACCCUUAUUCAUUGGGAGCCACUACAUGACGGUUCUAGCGGGAUGCGUGACAUGUUACAAGAGGUUUUUCCCACUCAUUAUCUCGGACAAGAUCCUGGUUUGAGUCAAUGCCCUAUAUCAGAAAUGGGUGAUGAAACUGAAGGUGUAUACGAAGAUCGACAAGGUGCCAGUGAGGGGACUCAAAAGUUUUAUAAUUUUCUGAAUGAUGCCAACAAGCCAUUAUAUGAAGGGUGCACUGAAUAUACUAAGUUUUCCGCUAUUGUAGACUUGUAUAAUUUAAAAUGUAUGGGUGGAUGGUCUAAUAAGUCUUUUACAUGGUUGCUUGAAAUAUUGAAUAAAAUGCUUCAAUCGGAUUCCUCGUUACCAAAGAAUACAUAUGAGGUUAAAAAGUACAGGAGGGAGUUAGGGCUUGGAUAUGAGAAGAUUCCGGUUUGUGUUAAUGGUUGCAUGUUGUUUUGGAAGGACAACGAGAAUGCGGAAAACUGUAAAGUGUGUGGAAAGUCAAAGUGGAAGCAGAAUAAAGAUGGGGUUGAGUCAUCACAAAAAUUGAAGAGAAAACCAAAGAAGGUAUUGCGGUGGUUUCCUUUGAAAUCAAGAUUGCAAAGGCUAUUCAUGUCAUCGAAAACCGCUUUACAUAUGAAGUGGCAUGCUGAGAAGCGCACGGAUGACGGUAUAUUAUGGCAUCCGGCUAAUGCCUUAGCUUGGAAGGCAUUUGAUUCAAAGUACCCGGAUUUUGCUUCUGACUCGCGCAAUGUUAGGCUUGGGUUAGCGACAGAUGGAUUUAAUCCGUUCAGCAACAUGAGCUCUAGUUACAGUACUUGGCUGGUUAUAUUGGUACCGUACAAUUUUCCUCCUUGGAUGUGCAUGAAACAAUCAUCGUUAAUGUUGUCAUUGCUUAUUCCAGGUCGAAAAUCACCCUCUUUCAAAAUAGAUGUGUACCUAGAGCCUCUAAUAUUAGAGUUGAAGGAAUUAUGGGAUGUUGGAGAACCAACCUAUGAUGUAUCCUCUAAUCAGACAUUUACGAUGCAUGCUGCUUUGAUGUGGACGAUAAAUGAUUUUCCUGCGUAUGGUGAUGUGUCUGGGUGGAGUACAAAAGGACGUUUUGCAUGUCCAUGUUGUAUGGGUAAUACAAAGUCUGAGUGA